CUGGAUCCUUGUCUGGACGUAACCUGUGAUUACCACUGUCUUUGUAAGGCUUUUGGACCAUACGAUGCCCGUUGCGUGCACGCAGAAAACUGCCCAUCCUACCAAGAGCCCAUAUGUUCCUCCAACGGAACGACGUUUGAUAAUAGGUGUCUCUUUGAACAGGAAAUGUGUCUGUUGCGACUCAACUACACUAUCCAACAUCCCGGUGGUUGUGAAGGUUAGCAACUCAGUAUGCUGCUCAUUUAUUAGUUUCUAAAGACUUUAUAUGAAACAUCAGAUUUAGACGGUCAACUGCAAGCAUUUUAGGAGAAAACUCACACCAACACCUACACUAAUCAUUUAAGCAUUCAAUGAAUAUAGCUACGUUUUUGUUACUGCUUUCAUUUUGCUCUAUGUAUUUACCAUAAUUUAAUGAUUUUUGUUUUGUUUUGUUCUUUUUGUUUUUUAUUUCCGCUUCUUUUUGUCAGGGUUCCCAUUUCAGCGCGGUCGAAUUCACAUGCCUCACAUACCAUCUUUGGGGUACUCUCAUUGCGAAGCUGUUCGUUUCCCACCAUUUGUAUUCUAUCCUGACAAACCUAUCCAAGUACAGAUAACUGUCAAUCACAUCGAUACAGGUGACAUGACCUAUGUCCACGAUGCUGCUGUGUCGUGGAUUGAAGAUGUAAGUUACGAACAAUUCACUGGAUGCGUGAUGGCGGCAGGGUAUAACGAGCGCAAGUCCAGUGCUAAUGUGUCCAUAGACUGGAUAGCUUAUCAGGGAGCUCCAGUGGGUGGGGUCACUGGAGAGGUGCGCAUGUCACAGUGGUGGACUGGAACGACUUGUAAGACCGUGAGUUUCCCUUCGGUAAGUCAGCAGAUCUUUUCAAAACGCAUACCUACUGCUUAACUACUUCUGACUACGACGACGACGACGACUAAUAGUAUCACUCGCUAUCACUACCCCCACCGGGCUUCCAUCAUAGGUCUACCAUGAAAAUAUAAAGCAAAUAGGUGACUUUUUUAUAAUAAAUUUUCUGGAUAGUUCAUUGAAAAAUUGUUUAAAAGACCUCUUUGGCUCGUAGAUUUUGUUUUCCCAUUUCAGACUACGAGAGGUUACCUCAUCAGAACUAUUUUCUUUUUUUCAAAUGUCGUCCUUUUCACUAGUGCAUAUGUGAGCGUAACGUUGUGAUCUUUAUUGUAAAAACAAGAAUGCCCUGAAAAGGUCUAUUUCCCUCACAUCAAAGGUCAAUGUUUUACUAGUUUUUGUAAGUAAAGUCAAAAAAACUAUCGGAUUAUGAGACAAAUGGACUAGAUUAUUUAUUGCUCGGAUUUGUAAUGCAAGCUACUCUUGAACCCAGAGAAGUUACCAGACAUUAGAAGAAAGGGUUCAAGGUCUGUUAUAUGAAAUGGUAUAUGAAAUGAUACAGACCAUUUUGUCAAGAAAAAUCCAUUUAAGUGGCAGUUAGACGCCAUCAAAGCGUAUUUUGCUUUACCUCAUUGCCUCUUAUUCCUAUACUUAAUUUUAUACCAUUUUCCAAUCAGGGCAAGUUUUUAAAGGAUCCUUCAGUGUUUGUUACCGCAGAACAUCACCGUGCCGGACUGAAGAGAGAUGCCGCCAGUAUUUGGUUAGAGGAUAUCACUCAAUCUUCCGUCAAAAUAUGUUUACGGGAACUGCAAAAUUACGCUGGCUCCCACGAGGACAUUUAUGUUGUAAGCAUUUAGGAUAAUUUCAUCACAACUUAUAAAUAUAAUUACUGAUUCAGUUUCAGUUUGAGAUAGAUUGAGAAUUAGCUCUGAGGUUAGGACUUGGACAGCCAAGAUCCCUUUCGACCACUUUAUAGUCACCGUAAAGGUGUAAAAAAUGUGUAAAACUGUAACUAAACGGUUUUAUUUGACGGGACGUUUUCUCAAAUUGCAAGUGAUUUUCGACUUUGGGAACUAACUCAUAACUAAUUGGAAGAAUUCAUCUAUGUAAAUGAAUCAAAAAGAGUGGGCUUGUAUUAAAGUCUUUCUUUCAUUUCUACCCUGCGUGAGUGAAAUAGUGUUUUUAAAAUCAAAAUGACGUCGCAGUUUGCUGGUGUUAACAACUGAUAACUCAGGGGCUUUUAGUAACAGUUUCCAUAUGAAUAUAAGGACUAGUUCGACGAUGACCCCCAAACAAGUAAGGAAAGUCCUGUAACUCUUCGUACCACUUCCACUAAUUAAAAAUGUUCGCCUAAUUUGGUCAAAGUUUGCGGCUUCAGCUUCAAAUUACUUGUUACUGUGUACAUGUCCGUACGCGUCUUAGUGAAAUGUUCAUCUUACAGGGCGUAUGCCUGAAGAGAGGCAGGGACCAACUCUAUGAGAGAUGCUUGUCUUAUAUAGAGAGUCAAAUUCUAUGAUUGAAGAACAACAGGGACCAACUCUAGGUGCCCGUUUUGGGGAGGUGUCCGUCUUAUAGAGAGUCAAAUAAUAUGACUAAAGAACGGCAGGGAUCAACUCUAGGUUUCUGUUUUAGGGAGGUGUCCUUCUUACAGAGUCAAAUACUGCUGAGGAACGGAACGGACGAACUCUUGGUUACCGUUUUAGGGAGGUGUCUGUCUUAAGUCAAAUACUGUAACUGAAGAAAGGCAGGGACCAACUCUAGGUGCCCUUUUUAGGGAAAUGUUCGUCUUAUAGAGAGUCAAGUAUAUUAAAACGACAGAAGAAAGGCGGGGGUCAGCUCAAGGCGUGUCCGUUUUAGGUUUUACUGUGUACAUUUCCGUACGCGUCAUAGUGAAAUGCUCAUCUUACAGGGCGUAUGCCUGAAGAGAGGCAGGGACCAACUCUAGGUGUCCCUUUAAAGAGAUUCCCGUCUUAUAUAGAGAGUCAAAUUAGAAUAAUAUGACUGAAGAACGGUAGGAGCCAACUCUAUGUCUCCGUUUUAGCGAGGUGUCGCUGUCUUUUAAGGGUAUCCUUUAAAGAGGGAGUUGACUGUAUUAUUUUGAAAUUCAUUUUGUUUUAGAACUGGUUGGCGUUUUCUUCACUUCACAAGCCUCUUUUUGCAGAACACGAUUCUAUUUAUUUUGCAAACUCUGGGAUUCCUCCAGCUGAUCAUAACAAUGCUUUCUGCGAGGUCAGUUAUCACUGUCUUAUGUCUGUCCUUCCGUUACUGUUUUACCUGUCUGGCGACUGAUGAACAUGAAAGUAUCCUUUUUUAACUUGCUUUUUUUAAUUUUGUUUUUAGGAUAUUCACUUUAUCAGGGUGUACAAUAUUGCCCCGACUAUCUUCGUGUCAGCGAACCAUACAUCUACUGGUGGAAAUCAGGACCCCAUGCACAAUUCCAUUACCACUUGGGUUGAGGUAAAUUAAAAGGAACAACUAGGCGAAUAUUAAAGAAAUGAAUUUACAAAGGACACAAACUAAGGCAAAAAGAUACAAGAACUUACGUCUAACAUGCAUGACUUGCCGACAUAGGAAAAGGAAGCUUAAUAUUUAGUUUUAUACUCGCGUUUUUUAAGCCCACGAUAAACAUUUAAACGUCACAAAAUAUCUCUGGCUGCUUACUUGACCAAACUACGCCGUAUAAUACGAUCGACUGCCAAGAAUGCUAUGUCCCAAAAUGGCCGUCAUUUUGGAUUUGUCUUAGGUUUGCAAAAUUGAUGUGGGAAUAUUUUUGCAAACGAAUCAUUAAAACUUAACCUUAAAAUUCUGAAUUUGUAACCGUGCUCAUAAACUGUUGCCACAGAAGCACAUACAAUUGGAUGUAAACAAAAAGUGGAGCUAAAAAUGGCUGUGAAGGUAACAGAAUUUGGUGGUUGUAGCUGUUGAAAGUCAGAGCACGUUCGGUCGCCUUCUACUCUCCCCUUCUGGUCUGGAUAGAGUUGAGUUUUAUUAUGUAUUCUUACUUGUUGCUGCUGUUUUUGGUUAUUUGUAGUAUGAUUUGUUUUUCUUUAUAUAAAAAAAAACCUUAUCAAAGUAUCGUAGAAGGCACACACAACACUUCGAAAUUACCCGGAUCAACAGAUCGAACGUUUUUGUAGUUAAUCGACCGUGACGACCGUUGUACGAGGCGAAAGCCACAUACAACUUAAUAAUAUAUAUAUUUUUUUCAGUACAUUAACACAACAGGCGCCCGAGUUUGUUUAAAAGAACUGUACGAAUCCAAGUAUGACCCGCUUUCCGUAUCAUACACUGUACUGUCAGGUAAGAGGUGGUGGGUUUCAAAAGGGAGUGGUCAUAAAUCACCAGCGGGGAGAUCUACUAAAAAGUCUAAGUCAAGGGUCAAAAGAUAUUGACCCUCCCUUAAAUUUGGGUAUACAAACUCUAACCCCGCCCAAAACCUAGGUCAAAACGUUAUGAGCCUCCCUUGAGAAAGCUUCUUUUUCAAUCAGUUAUUUAAUUCCAUUAUUGAAAUCAAUUUGGACAGAGUGUGUAACACACUGUCGAUAGCGAUCACCUGUUUCUGAUUUCGCGAUCACGUAUUUCUAAGUUCUUACUUGCAGCGUAAGUAGUGUUGUUCUAAAAUUAAGAAAGUGCACAUCUGAGUAAACAAAUUUGUUAAGAACUUUUAAAAAAUAGGAUGCUCUUGCAUUAACAAAAGCUACUAAUAAUGCAUCGGGGAAUCGUCCAAGCUUUGGCUUCUUUAAUUUACUAUCUUGCAAUUAGCAAAACGGAAGAAAAUUUGAAAGUUCUUCCUUUCUUUCAUUUUGGAAAUUUUCCAGACAGUCCGCUUCCCUAAUAUGAAACCACUUUGCAAUGCAUAAUAAGCUUACAGACAAAAUAGACAUACUUGUUUGUAGGUUAAGGUGGUAAAACGUGAGGCAGCUAUCCCAUUUCAUCCCCUUACUCAAGACAUAUGUAAACAUUAUGUUUCCCACAACCACAAGGGUUAAUAAGGAACAACAUAUUUUGGUACUCCACGGAUUGCACACAGAGUUGUUUUAGCUCAUGAACUGAAUAUGGGUUGGCAUGUAUGAGAAACGUAAGUACCUACAAUCGGAACUGGUUUCUGGAUUCAGUUUAUUCUGUGUCCUGGAAAUUCUAGAUAUUUGCCACCCAGGAUGGAGUUACUUUGGCGGUUAUUGCUACUUCACAAGUGCCGCAUGCGCAUCUUGGCUGACCGCAGAAGCAAAUUGCUCGACCAGGAGUUCAAAUCUGGUGACAGUGCACAACCAAGAGGAAAAUGUUUAUCUUCAACACCGUCAUAACGGAGACAGAUCCUGGAUUGGGCUCAAUGACCGAAGCGUGGAGGGCUCCUUUGUGUGGACAAACAAAGAGAUAAGUAGUUUUAGGUUCUGGGCUCCAAGACAACCAAACAACUGGAAAAACGAAGACUGCGUUCACACCCUUGGCGCCAGGCAUGGUUACACUUGGAAUGAUGUGCCUUGUGAUAAAUGCUACAACUACACUUGUUUUACAGGUUAGUAAAGUAUUGUUUCAGAUCAAAAGGAAAUUAUCCUGGAUGAAAAAAGAAUUCUCCCCUUGACUGUUUUAAGAGCACCACGUAGAGCUUUCGGUUUCCAGUCUGAAAGCUAAAAGACGAGUGUUAGUUUUGCGAGACUACAGGCUGGAAGGCGAAAGUUUAAUGUUCUACGGAAUAGUCAAUUUUGCUGAAAACCUUUUUAUGCAGGAUAAUUUCUUAUAGGAGAUAAACUAGAAAAAUAGUUAUGUGUUGACCCUGCCAUCUUCAAAAGAGCCAAAGCUUGCAUGCGCAAGAGUAAAACAAAUUUGUAAAAACGCGUUGAAAAGUUUUUCUUGACAGCAUGCAUGUGGGUUUCAUUUGUUGAAACUUUGCUCGCGUCACUGCGCUUAGAUGAGUGUACAAUUAACUUGUAACGUCAAUGACGUCAAUGCUGCUUGUCAAAAUACCGCGGGCUCAUACACCUGUUGGUGUAAAGCCGGAUUUACGGGAGAUGAAAAAACAUGUUAUGGUAAGAAUGUAAUGAAAAAAAAUGCCAGUUCAAAGUGUCUUGCCACUUAAAAUAAAUUUUCAAAGUGGUGUUAUUGCGGUAAAUCUUCACUAAACAUAUACAUUUUUAUUAGACAGCAGUUACACCUGAAUGGUGCACAAACAGAAAAUCAUAUUUCAUAUGAGUAUUUUUGAGUAAGAUGCAGAAGAGUGUUCUUGAAGAGAUGCGUGAAGAGUGUACGUUCGAGAGUGCUAAAGGAAAGCAACAAAAGUAGGUUCGACAACUACAGUGUCAGGAACACUGUGUAUUUAUCAUAUCCCAUAUUACCUUUCGGGAUUGCUAUUCGCGUGCAUGUUUUUUCCGACAACCCUUCUCGAAAUAGCUGUAUAUACAAUCAGAACAAAUACUGCUUUAACCUCCAUCCAAGGCCAACUAAAACUAUUCUUUGAUAAAAACUUGAUAAAAUUGCACUAUUCAGUCUAAGUAAGGACGCAUAGAAGUGGGAAAUACUUUUCUUUAAGAUAAGACUGGUAAUGAUAUUUUACCAAAUAUAAAAAAUUUAAACUGAAAAUGCCCUCUUGCUCAUUCGUGGAAACAAAAAGCAAUUGGCGACAUUUCCAGAGGCUUUGGUUACGUUACAGGUAGGUUUGUCGGUUUUUUUAUUAUUAUAUUUCCUCUUGCCCUCAUUAUCUUUAUUUGUUUGUUGUUGUUCCGAUCGAGUGAAAGUUUUUAAAAUUUGGAAGACAAGAAAAGGUCUUUUAAAGAAUUUCUUAACAAGCCUUUGCUUGGUUCUAGACUUAGAUGAGUGUACUACCAACUCUCAUAUUUGUGACGUCAAUGCUAUUUGUCAAAAUACUGCGGGCUCACACACCUGUUCGUGUAAGGCGGGAUAUACAGGGAGUGGAAAAACAUGCCAUGGUAAGUUAGAAAAUGAAAGAGGAAAUGCCAGUAACAGGAAGGUUUGUCGGUUUUCUCUUUAGUUAAGUUGUUUUAAAAUCAUAUUGUCACUUAUCCUUCCAUCAAAAAAGACCUGCACACGAAAUUUAUAUGGUACAUUUUGAGAACCGGUUUAAUUAUAUUUUCUCUCGCCCUCAUUAUCUAUAUUUGUUUGUUGUUGAUCUGAUCGAGUGAAAGUUUUUAAAAUUAAGUAGCUCCGGUUUUUCAUAAAUCACAUGGAAGAUAAGAAAAGGUCUUUUGAAGAAUUUCUUAACAAGCCUUUGCUUGGUUCUAGACUUAGAUGAAUGUACUACCAACUCUCAUACUUGUGACGUCAAUGCUAUUUGUCAAAAUACUGUGGGCUCACACACCUGUUCGUGUAAGGCGGGAUAUACAGGGGAUGGAAAAACAUGUAAUGGUAAGUUAGAAAUUGAAAGAGAAAAUACCAGUUAAAAGUGUUCACUUAACCAAGUAGUUUUUGGCUAAAAGCUUCUAUAAAACAUAUCAGACGGAACUUACAGAUAAAUGAAAAGCUAACGUGAAAUAUUAUCGCACGUUUUCAGAUGUGGACGAGUGUUCUAGCAACGCUCACAGCUGUGAUGUCAACGCAGUGUGUACAAAUACCCAAGGAUCGUAUUCCUGUGCAUGCAAAGCUAAAUAUACAGGAAAUGGUACAACAUGUGUACUUGUACUUGGUAAGGACGUACUCUAUACUUAAAGAUGAGUUUAUUGAAAAAUUCAACAACUAGUAUUUAUUGAAAUAACACCAUCAUCUUAAGUUUACGCAACAGGACCACAGGAAGAAGAGGACGGCAAGCCGCUCGUGUGUGACAAACGUGACAGGGCUAUUACUUGCGUGUUUCUUCGUGAUCUUGACUUAACCUUAAUGCUUUCUGGUCUUUUAGAAAAAGAUCUUAUCAAAGGAAAGUCAAGUUUAGGGAAAAGUCAUUUGAAACAAAAUUAUUGUCAGGCUUAUGUUGUCACACAAGGUUGCCCCCACCCACUCUUCUUCCCUCUCCUGUCCUGUUGCUCAAGUUCACUAAUAUGAACAUGGGGACUGUAAUUUUUGUAGAAAAUAUACCCCGAGGAGAUGGAUAAGAAAUAAUAAUUUCACCCGGGAUCCAUGGAUGGGAGAGCGUACAGCAGUAAUUCACAUAAAAGUGCUUAGGUGUGAGUAGUACCUGCCGCUCAGAUACGUUUGGGCAGGAUGAUACUUUGUUCAGUUGUUUUAAGAAGUUACACACUCAUUCCAAAGGCUUCGAUAUGUUUACAUGAAGAUACAGUCAAACAAACGCUCCGCACUCAAAAGUCACAAGUCACAUCCCCUUUUUUUAAAUACAAUUAUGUCGUGAUAGUACUGAAAAAAUAUAUUAUGCUUACUCUUACUUUAAACUCAGUCCUAUGUACAUUUGUACCGAUGAUUCUAAGCCUUUCGCUUUGCAAAAUGAACUGGGCCCAGUUGUUCAAAAGGUGGAUAACGCUGGAUAUAUAAUCUCUAUCCGGUGGAUCGCGCAAUUGUUUUUCCUAAUGCUUAUCCGGCGCUGGACAGUGAUUUAUCCAGUGAAUGGUGCUAUCCAAUGUUUCAACAACGGGGACCUGGAGUGUAAAGAAGCCCCAUCUAUGUAACUUCGCAACGCCCUAGAAGAAGAGCCAAAAACUAAGUGAGUUAUAACGAUUUUAAGACAUAAUAAUUAUUAUGAAAAUUCUUUGCAAUACUAACCAGAAAAACAACCCUGUACUUACCCUAAAAAGCCAGUUACAGCUAAAACAAAUAAGUACAGUGUAAGUUAGUAACCAAUAUGACGAAAGCUUUAUUUUUAUUCUUUAUUAUUAUUUUUUUAACAGACACUAUAACUAUAAUGUUGUUCAUCAAUUACGUAUUAGUGAUUACUGAUAAUUUUUGAAGAUAUCCAGUGGAUCUUCUCCUUUUUCAGCACCGUUCAAAGCUGUUUUUACAGACCUUGGUAUAAGCGGAAGACUUUUAUAUAGUAAUUCCCCAACUGGGGCCAAUGCGCCAAGGGAUUCUUUGUUACAGCGUUGCCCCCUUUGUGCCGGGGUGGUAAUUAAGGUAAGCCUGCACAUCCAAAGGUCUAAAGAUGACCUUACGCAAUAAUUGCUUUGGUAUACUUUUUUAUCAUCCAGUAUCCUUCAGCGCGGUCUUCACAAACCUAGGUGCGAGUGGUAGACUGGGUCCAACUUCCCUUGGUAGUUACUACAGUGGACAAGAUCAUGACGGUCAAGUUACAUUGCACAGCGGUAUUCAACAAUGGACUGUGCCACAAACAGGUGACUACAGAAUAGAGGCGAUAGGAGCUGCAGGGGGAUACGACAACUACAACAAUAAUAGCCGCCAUUAUCGAGGAAGAGGUGCAAGGAUGAAAGGAACUUUUCGUUUGUCUCGAGGAGAAACAAUUCAGAUACUCGUAGGACAAGAGGGUGGAAUUAACAAUGUACGAAAUACUGCAGGAGGCGGUGGAGGUACGUUUGUUGUAAGAGGAAGCAGCACACCUUUAAUAAUCGCUGGAGGAGGAGGAGGCAUAGAAGCUUUGCUUUCACGACGUACAGGAUGUGAUGCCUCUACCGGCACGGCAGGGAGAGCUGGGUACAGGUCAUGGUCAGGAGGAAGCGGGGGACACGGAGCAACGACCGCUGACAGUAGUAACUCAGGUGAAAAAAUACUAUGCGUGCCUGUAAAUUAAAAGCAAACUUCUACUCGCGCCGUUACUUAGGUCCCAUGUGAUGUAAAGUGCUUAGUGAUGCCAACAAUUUUGGGUAUUCGUCGAAAUAAUUUAUAGGAUGAAACUUCAAAGACUGGAUAAUUGAAACUUUGAGGGGUUACAGUAGUCGCGAAUUUAUAAGUUAUCUCUCUGAGAAUAAUUUGGUACCACCCUCUGAAGCUUUCAGGGUACAUGCAUGAAAGCUUCAUUAACACUAUAAAAAAAUAGUCAAAGGUUUGAACCCAGGAGUCAUUUCAAAAGUAGGUUGAGUUUGAUGGUCCGGGUGAACGUAGUCCUGAAUAGGACUGUUGUUGUUGAGAGUGACUGACGUUUCGAUAACCUGUGCGGUAGUCAUCUUCAGAGUCAAAGUGAGUGGUAUCACGUCAGUUGAUGGUAUUAUACUCUGGUUAUUGAUCUGAUUGGUCAAUUACGUCGCGAUGUUAUUGGUCGUCUGUCAGUUAAGCCGUGAUGUCAUUGGCUAUGAAGACUCGUAAUCAGUAAUUGGUGCGUUUCGAUCCGCCUAUUGUCACAGUUAAACAGUCGUCUAUUGUUAGUCAAAUUGUCAGUUGUCCAGUCGUUCUCUCGUUAUUGGUAGUUAUUUUUGCUUGAAGAAUUCAAAAAUAAUUCAAAAAUAAACUGCGAGUCAUGGUUGAAUAAACGACAAUGCAAUCCCCGUACCAUAAAUGAUCUAAUAGACGCCCGGGAGGUUUAUUUAACUCCAGGGGUCCAAGGGGGCGUUUAUAGAUAGAAAAAUCUUGUUGUUCAAGCCAGUAAAAUGAGUAAAUUGAAUUAUUUUGCUCCUUUUUGCAAAUUCGUUGUAUUUUGGAGUAACUGUCAUGGAGGUUUUUUAUAAGGCAGGGGCGCGUUUAUUAGAGAGGAACGACUAACACAAACUUAACUUCGUAGAGGGGUAUAUGACGUAUAUAUUAGAUCAGAGGCGUUUAUUUAAGAGGGGCAUUAAUAAGAUCAUUUACGGUAAUUAUGACAAAAACUGGGUGUAUUUGCAAUUCUGAAUUUAAAUGAUCCGACGCAACGCUCUAUUUAAUUGGGCUUAAUAAUUAUCAAGCUAAGUGCAGAACAGGUGUGAGUUUUUGACUCUUUUCGGGUGAUUAUUUUCGACUUGUGGAAAGCGUGUCUCAAUCAGUACGUGAUGAAACUUCUAAUUUUUUUUUGUUAUUUAUUGUUGUUUUAGGUGGUGGCGGUGGUGGGUUUUUCUCCAGUGGAAGAAGCUCAACACAGUUCGGAGGCUCAAUGGGGAAUGGCGGAGAAGGAGGCAAAGGAUUUCUUCAGGGAGGAGUGGGUGGAAGAGCCUGGUAUAACAAUGCUGUAGGCGGGUUUGGAGGGGGCGGUGGCGCUUAUGGACAUGGAGGAGGUGCUGGAGGUGGAGGAGGCUACUCUGGGGGAAGUAGCGGAAAUAAUGAAUAUGACUCCUGUGGAGGAGGGGGAGGAUCCUACAAUGCUGGAAAGAAUCAGCAGAAUGAAUGCUGUUAUAAUACAGCUGGACAUGGUCAAGUGACCAUAACAUUGAUGUAG